AUGGGAAGAGAUGCGGAUAAUGCUAUUUAUCCUAUAGCUUGGGGUGUUGUCCAAGUAGAAAAUACAGAGAACUGGCUGUGGUUUGUGAAAAAAGUGAAGCAUGAAUUGGAUUUGAAAGAUGGCAACGGUUUUGUCUUGGUGUCAGAUCGUCAAAAGGGACUUAUCAGUGCGGUUCAACAGGAGCUACCAGAGAUAGAGCAUAGAAUGUGUGUCAGACACAUCUAUGGAAAUUUGAAGAAGAAAUAUGGGAAGAAACACGAUAUGAAGCCAUAUUUAUGGAGUUUGGCACACAGCUACAACGAAGCAGAGUACCUGCAGCGCUUGCAAUGGAUUUUAAACUAUGAUAGUGAGGUUUACGAAGCUGUUCUGAAGAUGAAACCAAAAACGUGGUGUAGAGCCUUCUACAAAUUAGGCAGUUACUGUGAAGAUGUGGAGAAUAACUCUACCGAGUCCUUCAAUAACACGAUAUCAAAUGCAAGAGAGAAGCCAUUUGUUCCAAUGCUGGAGACAAUUAGGCGACUCGCAAUGGCUCGUAUUGCUAAACGCUCAGUUAUUUCCCACAGUCACAAAGGUGUUUGUACACCUUAUGUCAUAGAAUUUCUGAAGGCUGAGCAUAAGCAAGCAUCUGAAUGUAAAGUAACUAGAAGCACCAAUGGGAUGUUUGAAGCUAGGCUUAACAACUGUACUUACCGUGUGAGUUUGGAGAAGAGAACUUGCACAUGCUUGAAGUUUGACAUUUGUGGGAUCCCUUGUGAGCAUGCUUAUGGAGUGAUGAUUCAAAAGAAGCUUGCACCAGAGAACUUUGUGUGUCAAUGGUUUCGCACGUCUAUGUGGAGGAAGAACUAUUCUGAAGGACUAGUUCCAGUGAGAGGAUCUAUGUAUUGGCCUUCAACAAAUGCUCCAGACGUGCAUAUUCCUCCAGAGCCACCACAACCUGGAAGGAAGAAGAUAACCAAAGCAGAUAAGAAGAGGAAGAAAGGGGUAAAUGAAUCUCCAACCAAGAAACAACCAAAGCACAAGAAACGAACCAUGCACUGUGGAAUUUGUGGAGUGGCUGAUCAUAACUCUAGGUUUCACAAGAAUAAUCAGGUUCUUUUGCAGCCAUCUCAAGGUCCUCCACCUCAAGUUUCUUCGACACCUUCUCAACAAGCUUCUCAGGUUGCUUCUCCAGCUGAUUCUGGAUGUCAUGUUAUUCUCGGCUAUGAAGACAUGUGCUAG